UCAUCGCUGGAACACCGAGCUUUGUUCAGUUCGCGCGCUCGCCGACUGAAUUCUGACUGAAACCCGCGAAUUCUCAACGCACACAAGAAAGUAGAGGAGGACGUACGGUACUGGCGCUCCACCUCGAACAGUUUUCAAUUCUGUCCCCCUGUGAGCGGCAGAGCAUCAACACACCCUCUGAAGACCAGGCUACAGGUUUACAAACCACAAUCUGGACAUUUGCUUGCAAAAGAUACUACUGACUCGGAAAGAUUUGAAGGUCAUUUCAUGAUGGCACAUUCAACUAUAAGUGUCCAGCCAGGCUUGGUGGUGACCACUAAUAAUGCGAGGCUAAACCAGUGGAACAGCGGAGUGUGUGACUGCUGUGAAGACAUGGGCAUCUGUUGCUGUGGUUUCUGGUGUCCAUACUGCCUCAUGUGCAGGACCAGUGAGGAAUUUGGAGAGUGCCUCUGUCUCCCCCUGCUGGAGAUGUGCUUUGGUGGCAUCUUGCCUCCUGUCACACUCGCUGUGCGGAGCAGUAUGAGAGAGAGAUUCCACAUCAAGGGUUCGAUACAGGAUGACUGCUGUGUGGUGACCUUCUGCACCGUGUGCGUGUGGUGUCAGAUGGCGAGAGAGCUGAAGGCUCGACGACACUCCCUAGUGGUCAUCAACCCUGCCGUCAACCCAGUUCACCAGCACCCGCAGGCUUUCAACCAGCCUCUGCAACCCAUCAAUCCUGCCUACCAGUGACCUCAGAGAACAUAAUCACACCUGCGGUCCUUUAACCUCAAGCUGCUCAAAGAGCUAAAUCUGUUGUUGAAAUUACAUAGUGAAAUUUAUUCUUUCAUUUUCAUAUUUAUAUCUAGCCUACCUGUUUUACAAUGCCAAUAUUUUUACAGAACAAAACAAUAUUGCAUUUUUCUAAUUUUUUCAGCACUUUUCUCUAUAGUUAAAUUGCCAAAUAUAGUUAAAAAAAAAAAUAGAAAGCAAAGAUUGGGUGUACACCUGUUUGAG